UUUAAACCGGGUGUUGUGAGUCUUUUUAAUACCGGUUUUUGGUGAUAACUCAAAUCGGAUAGCUAUUCGAUUCACAGUCAAACUGGUUCAACCGGUUUGAAAACACUGGAGAAAACUAAUCAAAUGGUUUUCUCUUCAGUUUAUAAAAAUGAAUAAAUGUACAAUUUGGUUUAUAUACAAGCAGAUCCAGUAUUGAGAAGAUAGCAUUCUAUGCGUUUUGAAUGGAAAAGAAGGUUUUGUAGGCUUCUCUCUCUCUUCUCUCAUUUGCAUCUUUUAGAGAGAGAAAGCAUCUGAUCUUCUUUUUCCGGCAACAAUAGCUUCUUUAGUGUUUGUUGGCCAGUUCUCUGUCCAGAAUCUUAUGGCUUUUCCAGCAUGGAUGUCUGGCUUUUGUCCGGCGAUGUUUAGGGCAACGUUUGAUUGUCGUGGUUCUUCUGACACUGUUCGGUUCUUUACGACGAUGGUCGGUUUGCGUUUGGCUUCCAUUGGCUUCUUUAGCGGCGGUAGGCUAGCUAAGAUUUCAGGAAUCAAUUGCCUUUGGGAGAUCUUUCCUUUCCAAAUUUGCUAAUGAAGUUUGGUGGAUUCUCUAAUUAAAAAUCAAUGGACUUCUCUUGAAGCUCCGGCGGUUUCCGGUGGUUUUAGAGUUCCCUGAGUUGCUAACCAGAACGGUGGUGAAUGGCGACAACUAAGGCUUCUUCAGUCAACGUGUUUCAACUUUGUUUGUUAACAUCACACGUGGCUUUGUGGUGGAAGGGAAUCUUUAAUUUACUUCCUCUAAAGGUUUUGUUUCCUGGUUUGGGCUUUCUUUAUGGGCCUCUGCUUAUAAGUUAGACUUGUUGGUUUUUUAUGUAAUAUGGAUGACUAUAUUUUAGUUGAUCCAAUGUUGUAAGGUUUAAUAUGUGUCAAGAUUUGUAAGUGGAAGGUUCCACAGUUGUAUCUUUACAACAUAAGGUUUUAAAUAAAGUGCAACACUUAUGAGAAAAAAA